AUGUUUUGCCAUACAGAGAAUUAUGCUUGCCACCCUCAAGAAUGGCCAUGUCCACAUAGUGGAAGGUGCAUACCUCUGCAGCAGGUAUGCGAUGGAACAAAGCAGUGUUCAUCAGGCGGAGAUGAAGGAGAAAACUGUGGUAUGUGUGUUAAAUAUAUUUAUUUUCUAUAAGUGCUAUGCCUAAGCAAUAACUGAAAUUUAUAAUAGGCACACACUCUUCCUGAGUUUACUGACCAUAGAGCCAUUAUAAACCCUUAAAACAUUCUGUUUAUUAACUCCUGAACACAAUAAUUGGGAGACACAAAAUGUCAAAAUUUUUAAAAAUAUAAAUGAAGUUACAAAUAAAUGUUUCAAAAAAUUGUGAAAGGACAAGAGUGGCACAAAAACAUCCCCUAGCCCUCUACUGAAGCAUAUGAGCUGCUAGAGAAUUUUUAUUUAAAUGUUGAAUUUAAAAUAAAACUUUGGUGAUUUAAGAGAGAGCGGCCCGAGUCUAUUUCCAUGGCUGCCAAUCUUGGUUGCCUCGACCCGUGAACACGUAAAAGCGCUCAAUCUGAAUCAGUUAAAACUUUUAUUUAACUAAAUUGUAUUUUUUCAAUCUAUUAUUUUACCUUUGAUAUUAGAUUACACAGAGAGUAUAUACUAAAUGAAGGCCAUUCUUAUGUUGAUAAUUUUAAAGUAAAUGUCACACAUUUGAAUUCUGGGAUAUUUAAAAUUAAAUUAAAAAUACCUACCCGGUACUAAAAUGUCAAAUCUGUUGCUCUGUGCUCAAUUUGACUUGUUGGCUUAAGUGAGUGAGUGAUUUCUUCAAUGCUUUACUGCAUUACAUUAGAGUGAAAAAGCUUAUUUAUGUUUGUUCCAUUCUGUUACGUACCAUUAUGGCUAUAAAGAUUAAAUGUGUGUAAAUAGUUGGCCCGUAACAGAAACAAUACGUAACAAAAGACUGAUCUAACAUCAUGGAAAGAAACACAAUACCAAAGCAAGUGAUACUAAAAUUUAAUUUAAUUAUAUAAAUAAAUUUCUAUACAAAGAAAAAUUCGAGUACAGAGGCAGACAGUGUAUUAACUUGCAGUAAGUGGAAAAAAAUGUACAAUUCUCAAAAUAGAUAUAUUAAUUUAUACACACAAUAAUCAAAUUUCUCGAAUGUCUAUCUGUAAGUCUUGCUAAGGCUGUCUCUGUAAUUCUAAACCUCAGAAAGUCUAUCUGCUAAGAAACCUAGCUGGCUUUAUAUAGGAAUUAAAUCCCGAAUGUUCUAGUAUUGAAAAUCUAGAAAUUGCAAUUGGCUUUCUUGAGAACCAAUAGAAGGCAUUCAAACGUAAACAAACUCUUUCCCCAGCCAGGACAGGGGCGGGGAGGGAAAACUAACAACAUGUUCACUCAGUGAUGUUAAUAUCAAGGUCCAGGCAGGUCUAAGUGGUGUUGGCUAAAAGUAACUCUGUGUAGUUCAAAAAUAUUGUGCUGUACUAGGCCAUACACAACACAUUGUCAUAAAUAAAUGCAGCUCUCAAAUGAAAUUUACCAUUUCAGCAAAUGCUUGCGCUGAUAAGUCAUGUGACCAUGCCUGUCAACCAACUCCUACCGGGGGAUGGUGUUACUGUUCACCGGGCUAUCAGAUUAACAAGGAGGACAACAGGACUUGUAUAGGUAACACAUCUGUAGGAAAUUGUUCAAUGUAUUUCUUACCCUGUGCCAGGGUACAAUAAUUUUUUUUUCUUUAAAAAGCUUUUUUUUCUUAUGAAACAUGCUAUCACACAGAGAAUUAAGCAAUGUUAACUGUUUACUCUACUUUAAAAAUUUCAUUAAAUUGAAGAAAAAUAAUAAUUUUUUGAAAUAAUAUGGAACAAACAAAUUGAUUGACAUCCAGAAAUAUAUCACAUCAGGAAAUAAUAAAUGGAACAAUUUUAUAAAAUCUCCCAGGGUAUUUUUGAAAAUUUCUUCAUAAUUCCUUUUCAGACUUUAAUGAGUGCUCAACAAGCGGAUUCUGUGAUCAACUCUGCGCUAACACCCUUGGCUCAUAUGCCUGCUCAUGUCACGAGGGCUACACGCCUGAUCAGAAUAAUAUUUGCAGAGCACAGGACAGUAAGUGGAAAUGUUUGUUUUUUUCUUAAAAUCUCUUAAAGAGUUUUUUUAAGAGUUUGUUGGUUUUUUAAAAUUGUUUUUUUGUGGCAAGUGGAGUUGGAGGUCAGGGGCCAAGACUAUAAUUUCUCUUGAGCUAAUGUACAGGUAUUUUGAAAUGAAAGAAAAAUUAAUUGUUUAGUCAGAAGUUUUUAACAUCUAUGAAUUUUAAAAAUUUACAUAUAAGUAAUUUAAUCAGCUACACAUUUUACUUUUUGAACCUUUAAAUUAAAAAAAAUAAUUUCAUUGACCAUUCUUAAUAUUUUAAAUAGAUCAUAAUUGAAGGGCUGCUUUCAAGCUUUGUGAAUGAAUAUUAGAACAAGGUCUGUUGAAGCUUGAAUCAAAAGAAAGGACAAUAAUAAAGUUCGUAUUUCUAUUUGUCCUAUUCACUGAAGAAGGCUCUAAGCCGAAACAUUCAUAUCUUAUUUUUUGGCCCGUCUUUUGAUUCAAAUUUCAACAUACCUGUCUUGUUUUACUAUUUCAUUUGUAUUUUAAGCCUAAUUAUUAGCAACAUGUAGAAAAUUUCGGCCUACAAAAAAAUCAGAAAGCUGAAAGUAUUUUUACGUUGAGCUGCUCUUGACUAAUCACCUAAUUGUUGAAUGGAAUGUUCAUAGUUAUGAUUUUAUUUUCAAAACGAAGGUGAUAGUGUACGCAUCCUGAUGACAAGCACAACAAAGAUCCUGACCAUGAACAGGGAUGGGGGUGAUGUAAAGGAAGUGGCUCAGGUGGAUGCAGUGGAUGUGGAGAUGGAUUCAAACGGGGACAUGAUUUACUAUAUCAACAACACGGACAACCAGGUAUGCAAGAUUUUGGAUGGAAUAGAUAAAUCCAGGAACAAGCGCAGGCUUUGAAGUUUAUUAUAAGAUAAGGGCGAUACUACUUUCCUCCUCCAGUAUACCCAUCCCCUCCACUAAAAGAAUUAAUGCAUUUAAAAACUAAUGCAGCAGAUAUUAGUUUAAUUCCCCACCCUCCUUUUUUUAGGGGGGGUGGGGGGAUGAUGUGGGGUUGGAGGGACUUUCAACUUGCUGGGGGGGAGGCUCUUAUUAAGGUUAAGUAAGACCUUGAGAAUUCCAUUUGCUAGAUUAACUUGUAUGUCUCCGACAAUCAAUUAAUUAAUUAUUGAACUCUUUUGAUUGCUAUAGUUAUUUUGUUUACAUUUUAAAAAAAUCUUUUGACAGUCUUAAGUUGAAACAAUUAUGUGUACAUGCAACUUUGAAUGUUUUAAAUUUUAUGAAAUUAAAUCAAAACAAAAAGAAGAAAUACUAAACUAUACUCAGUUUUUACUUUCUUGGUUCCAUUUAUUUUGUCACAACUUGUCUUUAAAAUUUUAUCAAUGAAUUGAUUUGAUCAAAGUUUUUCUGUUUUUUAACAUUCCUGUUCAGAUCUAUACUAUUCCAGCCAAUGGCUACACAAUUCCAUUGCGCCUUCCUGUACAAGGUCUGGCCAUUCCUGUUGACAUAGCUUUGGACUGGUUGACCAACAGCUUGUACAUUGUUGAUCGUGACACUGCGCGGAUCGAACUGUUCAACAUACCCACAGGGUACCAGCACAACAUUGUCUCCGACAACUUACAGACCCCAGUUGCUGUUGCUGUUGACCCAAAUAUAGGGUGAGAUUUUGUUGAAAGGGAAUUUUGCAUACAAAUUUUUUUUUUAAAUGAGAUUGUGAAGUGCCUUAAGGAUAUCAUUUAUUGUGCCAUCUUUACCAUUUAAACAUUCUUUUUUUUUUAUCUGUUGAUUUUGUGGAUAACUGACAGUGUACAAGAUAGGUUUUGAUUCUCUGAUUAGGCCCAGUGCAAGAAUCUAUGUAUAUAAUUUACCAGCAAAAGUCAAACAACAACACGGGUCAAACACCACGCAGGCUAUAUAUAGAUACGCCAGAGUUUGGCUCAAUAAUGAGUUCACUAGCGCGCAAAAUAUAAUUCCUGAUAACUACGCUAAAUGAUACAUAUAUAUUUUUAAUAACGCAAUUGAGUUUGGUGCGUAAUAUUUUUUUUUCGGAAAUGAAAUCGUCUCAAUUUAAGUAUUGUGUAAAAAAUAUUGGAUUUAAAAGUGGUUGGGGACAUGAGAAUAUUAAUAUAGUUCAUGGGAGUGAAAUAAAAAGUGUGCAGUGACGUAUCAUGAAAGGGGUGGUGGGGGAGGGGUGUAGCAAAAUUGGCAUUCUUAAAUGUGCGUAACUGAGUUCACGUUUUUGUCAAGUAACUUUAGUAGAUGGGAAGUUCAGGCAUUGCUACCGCCAAUGUUUUGCGGGCUGUAACUAGUGAUAUAAUAUCAAUAUAAAAAAAAAGGUAAUCAUUUAUGCAACCAAAUUACUGAGAUCUGCUCAGUAGUUUAAUGGAAUCAAAGAAGAUAUAAAGAAAAUAUUUGGCCCUCGUGGCCGUGAUGAGGGACAUGAACAAGAUAUGAAAUGGCUCAAUGAAGGGUGACGGGAAGCUUUUGGCCAAAGGCCACUGCUCUUACCAAAUAGCCAACACUGUUUAAUUAUAUAUUUUCAUAUCUUAAUAAUUUUUUUUAUUACACCACAGCACUGUAAUGUGCGAUAAACCUGCAUCUUCAUACACACAAUAGCUAAUUAUAUAACACAGUAAAUUGGUGCAGUGUAUUUGUAUUGCGGUGGAAUCAUUAAAUAUAGGAAAAGGUACAGCCUCUGAUUAGAAUUUCAAAUAUUCUUUCUUUCCGAUGUGGGUUUGGUUGUACCUCUGUUUGUACAGUUUGUCUCAAACAAACAUUAAUAAGAAGUAUAAGUCACUUACCUCAGGGAUCACAUUUGGUAUUGAUAAAAUUUAUGUAAACAUUUAAUGGCAUCGUCCAUCGCAAUGUGUAGACUUUGUUGGACGAAAUCACAAGGCUUGGGAUUUUUUUAAGGAGUAUAACCUGGUUCCCUAGACAUCCAAGUCUCCAUGCACCUGGAUAACCCAAGGGAAUACCAUAAAUGGAUGAUACAGCUUGGCACCAGUGCUGUUGCAUGAGUUGUAGAAAUUUUUAAUUGGGACUCAUCUACAGGUUUUAAUUCAAAGUUUUUUUGCCUUAGAUGAGCUUCCAUCCCAAGAAUAACAGGUCCCAUCCACCCGGGAUGCUGGUGAUGUUUAUGCUUGACUUGGGAUUGACUCAGUUUAGACCAUACGGCCAUCCAGCACCCAUGCAAAAAUUUAAGAAAGUUGAAUAUAUGUAGGAUUUAUGAAAAUGCAUAGGAAAGUUGACGAAAUGUAGAAUUUUAUUUUCAGAUAUCUGUUUUUUGCUGAUCGGGGCUUGAAAGGUCCCAUGAUGAAACCAAGAAUUGAGAGGUUGUUCAUGGACGGCAGUCACAGAUGGGACCUUGGACUCAAUAAAAUCCUUCACCCGCAAGGACUUGCAUUGGACCUCGUCAACAGACGUGUGUACUGGGUCGACUCUCACCUUGACCACCUGGAGAGCGUGGAUUACAAUGGUCAAAACAGGUAA